AUGGACGACAGCAAGAAGAAUGUUCACAAUGUCGAGGACGUCGAGAAGGUCGUAACGCACGACGGCCAUGAUCGGGUCAUCACCGUCGAAGACAAGAAUGCGCAGUUGGUCGCCAAAGUUGACCAGUCGCUGAUCGACAUCGCCGCUGAAGCCACUGACUUCGAGCACAAGCUGACUGUCACCGAGGCGUUGAAGAUCUACUGGAAAGGAGUUGCGUAUACUACCAUCAUCACCCUGACCAUCAUCAUGCGUGUGUACGACAUUGUCAUCAUCAACAGUUUCUUUGCCUUGCCCGCAUUUCGAGACAAGUUUGGCCACGACGUCCCGGGAAGCGGCAAGCAAAUCCCUGCCCCAUGGCAAGCUGCUCUGGGCAAUGCCAGCUUGGUUGGACAAGUCAUUGGUGCGUUUACGGUGGCAUACCCCAUGGAAUAUUUUGGUCGGCGCAAGACUCUGUUCUUCUCGCUGAUUGGAACUGCCGGCUUUACCUUUAUGCAAUUCUUCGCACCUUCAAUUCAGGUCCUCACGGCAUCUGAAUAUCUCUCUGGGGUCAUCUGGGGCUUCUACCAAGUCUUAAUCCCGACAUAUUCCUCCGAGCUGCUCCCGACCACGCUUAGACCUUAUCUCGCCGGCUACAUCAACCUGGCCUACGCUAUCGGAAACCUGAUUCUGAAUGGCGUCACUGCCAGUUUCGACACCUGGACGAGCGACUGGGGUUACAGAAUACCGUUCGCCCUACAGUGGAUUUGGCCAGUCAUCAUCUUGCCCUCCUUAUUCUUCACUCCGGAGUCGCCGUGGUGGUUGGUGCGGAAGGGGCGGAUGGAAGAAGCCGACAAAGCUCUGAGACGUCUCAGUAGUGAUUCUCCCAAAGUCGACACGCAACGAACUCUGGCCAUGAUGCAAAAGACGAUCCUAUAUGAGAAACAUGUCGAGAAGGAUUCGACCAUUUGGCAAUGCUUCAAAGGUUCCAGUCUCCGCCGCACCGAAAUCGUCAUCAUGAUUUUCUUCUGCCAGGACUUUGCAGGGUUUGCCACGAAUACCACCUACUUCUUCGAACAGCUCAACGUGACCACUCAGCAAGCAUUCGACAUCGCUAUCGGAAACAGCGCCCUGGGCGUCCUCUGCGCCGUGCUGUCUGCAUUCCUUCUUAGAUACUUUGGCCGUCGAAACGUGUUCGUGAUUGGUAUGGGUUCUAUUGUCAUUUUCGAAUGGCUGGUCGCCAUUCUCGCCUGCGCGCCCAACUACCACAACAGACCUGCAGUUUCAGGAGCGCAGGUUGCCAUUACCAUGAUCUGCACCAUCGCCCUACAAAGUACCAUUGGACCACUCACUUACACGAUCCUCACGGAGGUGCCGUCAGCGAAACUGAGAGCUAAGACUGUGGGCAUUGCCAUUGCUGUCGACGCCUGCUGUGGUAUCGUGACCAGCACGGCCAACCCAUACCUCAUUAACCCCGGGGAGGCGAAUCUCGCUGGAAAGAGCAAUUUCGUGUGGGGUUCACUUUCCAUCAUUAGCUUCCUUUGGUGUUACUUCCGGCUUCCGGAGACGAAGCACAGGACUGUCGAAGAAAUCGACUACAUGUUUGAACAUCGGGUCAAGACGAAGGACUUUAAGAGAUACAAGAUUGACGAAGACGCCCUGAAGAACGAUUUGGUGGAGUAG